CAAUUAUCCUUCGUGUCAUUCAUACUUGUAUUGGAUAAUGGCUACUAGCGGCGGCCGGCUGCACCUCUGUAUAUAAACGCUCUCUUUCCCUUAGGUUUCUAUCUUCCCUACUUAGAACUUCAACCUAUAUAUUCUCUUAGGUUUCAAAGCUUCCACAACAGCGAGAACCUCAGCUUUAGAAUCAGCCUUGAGAUCGAAUCACAUCACCCCAUCUUCCCUUCGACCUUUACUUUACACCUACAGCUAGCUUUAGGCACAAUUAUCAUUUUAUACUUCCCACCCUAACUUGACCAACGAUGUCGCACUCUUUGGACCACACUGAAGCGGUAGCCGACCCGCUGUUCCUUAAGCCAGGAAUGGUCCUCUAUCACGGCAGCAUGGCUGACCAGUUCGCCCAUCAAGAGGCAGGCGGUCCCAGCCCAACCCACUAUGUGCAUCCCCCUACUCCCGAUGGCCCAGCCUGGUUCGCCAACAACGAGAAAUUCUCACUACACGCCGCGGUCCGCUUCACCAAGCCCCAAGAGAAGGCCACGAUCACGCUUCACACCUACACGGUAAAGAGCGAAAUCAACAUGUUUUCGAUGCCGAACAUGGCAGCAUUCAAGCACCUGUUAAAGGAACAGUUCAAAAUCACGGCAAAUUUCAACGGAAUCAUGGAGGGCCUCGCGCUAGCUAAGAAUUCGCUCGAGUCCUUGCUCGAGGGGUAUGCUCUAAUGGAGGACACCGUGCGUGGAGAGCCUGAGUACGUGCUGUUCGAGUCCGGGAUGAAAAGGCUGUACAAUCACAAGACACAGACCGUGCUUGUCAUACCGAUCAAUGCCAAACAAAGCAAUUUGGUCGAUGAGAAAACUCAGAAGCACAUUGCUGUUUACACAUACUUCCCCCCGCCGGGCAAGCUAGAGUAGAUAGUCCAAUUUGAUUUUGUAAAGACUCUGAGAGGUGCGCCAGGUUGGAGCGGUGGAUGAGACGAAGUGCGGGUGGUAUGCGUCAAGUCAUGAAGAACUACUAUUCAACUGUCUUUACUACGAACAAAUAUCGUUUUGAAUCCAAAUA